AUGAUUUAUGUUGUUGUCAGGCCUGCGAAUGCAGUAAAAGAACUGAUCGAGAAUAGUCUAGAUGCUGACGCCACAGAAGUAACAGUAACUAUUAAAAAUGGUGGUUUGGGUCUCCUACAAGUCCAGGACAAUGGCAAAGGAAUUCAUAAAGAUGAUCUGGACAUCGUCUGCGAGAGGUUCACGACAUCGAAAUUGCAUAAGUUUGAGGACUUGCAGUCCAUGCAGACGUAUGGUUUUCGUGGCGAAGCACUAUCGUCUAUAAGCCAUGUUGCAAAGGUCACAAUAACAUCAAAGCCUGCGGAUCAACAAUGCGCGUACCAAGCAAAAUACAUAGAUGGAAAACCAGAAUCUAUAAAAGCAUCGGCAGGUCUGAACGGAACCUGCAUAGCUGCCGAGGAUCUCUUUUAUAAUUGCCCGAAUAGGAAAAAAGCUUUUCGCAAUUAUGCCGACGAAGCUAAUAGAAUUGCUGAGGUUGUCGUGCGAUAUGCCGUCCAUCGACCGUACGUUUUUUUGUUGGUAAUGAUAACAAUGAUUACUCUCUUCAUCUCACAAAUUUGUGAGUUUGGAAAGAUAUGGAGCAAAAACUUUUGAUU